AUGGAGGAUGGCAGAGUGCCAAUUCCAUUGAUUUUCAAGGGCAACAAAGAUGCCAUCAAGCAAGUACCUAAAUACACCACAUUCCUCAAGGAGCUAUGCACUAAAAAUAAGAAGUUCAAGAAUGAGAUUGUAGCUCUUAAUGAAGAAGUAUCAACUGUGCUUCAACGAAAGCUUCCAUCAAAGCUUAAGGAUCCCGGGCGUUUCACCAUUCCAUGCAUUAUUGGUAAGCUCAAGGAAAUGUCAGUAAUGAUAGAACUUGUUGCUCGCUCAUUAUUAUAUCAUGUGGGAGUAACUGAGGACGUGCUAGUUGUUGUGGAUGGAUUGAUCCUGCUAGCUGACUUCUUUGUUAUUGAGAUGGAGGAGGCGCCUUUAUCUAUAUCACUUCCGUUGAUUCUAGGGCGUCCGUUCAUGGCCACAGCUCACACCAAUAUCAAUAUGUUCCAUGGUAUCUUCAGCAUGGAAGUCUUUGGGAAAACGCUGAUGUUUAAGGUGUUUGAGCCUAUGAACCUUCCGUUCAAUGAGUGA